CCUCUCUUCAGCUCGGAAAUCUUAACAUGUCUAUGUCUUGCAAGCAUUUGCUUCCGAUCGCUCAACUGAUUGUUUUCUGAGUGUCAUCCUCAUGGAUCUGGGCUAUUCGGUCUACCUCGAUAUCUAGCGCAAAGCUACAUGAAUCCGCGCACUGAUUCCGCAUUCCAAAGAAGCAACAACAUAGGGAAUUAAAGUCCGUUGGUAACUUGCAUAUUUUUUGGAGGCCUCGUGAUAGGCUCGAAGACCGCGCAACAUGAACCUACAAGACUUUCUAGCAAUGGAAGAAAGCCGCGACCGCGACGAGCUAAUCGACCUCCGCGGCCUUGAUCUCGUCUCCGAGUACGACUCGCACCUUAUGUGCCCGAUCUGCCACUGUCCCUUUGUUGAACCCGUUCGUCUACAAUGCGACCAUGUCUUCUGCGGGAGUUGCCUCAGUUCGGCAAUCACCACCUUCCGCUCGGCCGACUCGGAUGAGUUCCCGUGUCCCUCUUGCCGAAAUCCCACCCAGAAGGUGUCGGCUAGCGUGCCCCGCCUGCUGAUCAACAUGUGCGACGAGAUCCGAGUGCGAUGUCCGUUGAUAACGGAGGGCUGUCAAGAGAUCAUACCCCGAGGCCAUGUCCACUCGCAUGUCGAGAAGUACUGUGGAUAUCGGUUAUUGCCGUGUCCAGAUAAUUCAUGCGAUCAGAUGACACGAAGCAAGGACGUCGGGAUGGAUCAGAAGUGUAUUCAUAGAGUGCGACGGUGCUCUCAUUGCGAAGAAGAUGUUCUAGAGCAUGAAUACGAGGAGCAUGAGAAAGAGCUUUGUCCAGUUCUGGAGGUCACAUGUGUCGACUGUGAAACAGUUGUCACUAGAGGGGCACUGCGAGAGCACAUUGAAUCAUGCCCGGAGGUUGCGAUUCCCUGCACGGCAUCCAAAUACACAUGUCCAGUUAAGAUCCGACGGGCAGACAUUGCAGCACAUGAGCAAAGCUGCCCCAUAGUCGCAAUGGGCCCAUACUUUGAGACGCAGAAUACCCGGCUCAAGUCCCUUGAGUCAAGUAUGCGACAUCUGCAGCAGCGGAAUGAGAUAUUCGAGGAUGGGCUCGCAAACAUUCGGUCCACUCUUGUCGAAUCCACACGCUUAGGUGCGAACAGCCAGAGCGGUGGACAAUCUACCCAGUCUAGCCGAGAACAGCAAUCCUCCGCUCGCGUCGACGUCCACACAGAUGAUCCUGCAGACAUUGCUGCGAGUGUGUUUUCAUCCAAUGCCACGACCUAUCUACUUUCGUUGCACGAAUCUCUCCGAGAGGAGGUCAGCCAACUCUCGCAUGCUAUCACAGACCUAGAUGCUCGCGCCAGCAUGGUUAUCAUGAAUGAAUGCAUGCGCAUCAAGGAAGACAUCGCCCACACGAAUGCGGCAGUCAACAGUGUCCGCAUGCAGGUCCAAUGGCUCAUGAACCCUCGCCUUCACCAGGGGACGCGGGGAGGAGCGGUUCGCACCAACUCUGCAGAAAACGAAGGAACGCGGACACAGAUGGCAUCGUCAGCGGCUGGGCCGAGCCAUGCCGCUGGUCAGUCCCUAGGGACUCUUCGGCCUAGGCGUCCCAGUGACAGUGGACGGGAAGGAACGAAGCUGUGAGGGUGUGUUUGGGUGUAAUCCGGGACGCUGCAUUUCCCCGUCUGCUGCGACGGGGUUCCAGGCUUUCGUGUGUAUCUUGUAACUUAUGAUAUGACUGAUGAUUGGUUUGUCUUGGUUUUGGGCCGUAUUGUACAUAGUUGACAUGGGUGGACGGCUCUUGUUGCAUCAAUAAAC